AUGGAGAACCUCCUCCGCCAAAUCCUAAAACGCACCACCGCGCGCACCGUCUUCCGAACCACCCUGAACGGCCUCGGCCUGUUCUGCGCCUGCACGUUUAUCUGGGAACACCUGGUCACCGUGCAACUCAGCGAGGGGCCCUCGAUGUACCCGACCUUCAACCCGCGGGGAGACUACCUGUUGAUUUCGCGGGUGCACCGAUGCGGCAGGGGCAUUGCGGUCGGGGACGUGGUGCGGUUCUACCACCCUACGUUUCUGGGCGUGCAUGGGGCCAAGCGGGUGAUUGGGAUGCCCGGGGAUUUUGUCUGUCGGGAUUUGGCAUUUAGUGUGGAUGUUGGGAAGGGGGGGGAGAUGAUUCAGGUUCCUGAAGGUCAUGUUUAUCUUGCGGGCGAUAACCUUCCGUGGUCGAGGGAUUCGAGGAAUUACGGGCCCAUACCUAUGGCGUUGGUCAAUGGGAAGAUUAUUGCGAGGGUUUGGCCGCCGUCGAAGAUGCAGUGGGUGGAAAAUACGCUACAACCGGCGCAGGAUGUCUCGCAGGAGUAA